AUGGCUCCCCCCGAGGUCAACAAGCCAAAGUUCCUUGCGAACUGCGGCGCGUUCGACCGGUACCUGAAUGAUGCCCCCUCUGGUGUGUUGGCCCUCCCAGCAUACGAAAGAAAACCCUUCCAGAAGACCGUUGGGCUUCGUGAGCACCUGAAAAAGGCCCAUAGCGAGGACGGCUUUGCUCCCGUUACGCUGAAGGCCGGAAAUCUAGAUAAGGCCACGAAGGAUGCGGCAAAGGCCUUUUUCAAUGGUCUUUAUAGCCGCGGAGCCUCGCAGGCUACCCCUGCUGCCGCCGCCCCCGCCCCGGCUAAGCACCCUCUUCCACUGAAGAGAGGUAGAAUGGUGAACAAGGGUGAAGUCCUCCGGAUUUUGGGUAUUAAUGCCCGAAAGGAUCUUCCCUGCGCCGCCUGCAAGGCUGCAGGAUGCAUCUACAAUAAGGCGAUCUGUGAUCAUCUGGCUACCUUUGAUAUCCCUAUGGAAAGCCAGGUUGGGGAACUAGAUGAGGCUUAG